GUCGAUAUUCUCCAGAGAAGGCAGGGAAAUGGGCCUAUCGCUCCGCGCCCAUCUACUCGCUCGCCUCGCGUACGAAGGAGUUUGCGAAUGACCAGACUCCAGGGCCUGCCGCCUACGGGCUCCCGCCAAUGAUUGGGCCCAAGGUCGUCAACAAGAGCUCAGCCCCAAACUAUUCCCUCCUGGGACGCAGCUUGGUCGGCAGUUUCUAUGAGGACCUGAGCAAGACGCCAGGGCCCUGUAACUAUCGUGUGGUGGAACCCAGCGUGUUCAAGACCCGGGCCCCCCAAUACAGCAUGCUUGCCCGCAACAUGCUUCCUGGGGACAACACGCAGAAACCAGGGCCUGGGGCACACAGCCCAGAGAAGUACGUCCAGCAGCGUGGCCAGACCUUUGGGAUCCGCCACUCCGACUACCUGGCGCCCCUCAUCGUGGACGUGGUGGAUUAA